UGAAAGCAAUCUUUUUGAUCAUAUCUUCAUUUCCCCCAUUCAUUUCACUUGGUUCAUUUUUUCUUGAGGCUCCUGGUCCUUUCCGAUGACUAUUCGGAACUCCUACAGAUUAUUUUCAACCGCUUCGAGUACUGUAAGGAAACUUCCACCAGGGUUUGACAAAGCAGCUUCAUUUCCAAAGGAACACCACUCACAGGAAGCCAAAAAAUGGAAAAGAUUUUCGCUUGCUUUUGGUUUGGUAGUUGCAGGAGUAGCUGCCUACUUAUUUCCAAAGGAAUUGGAGCAUCACGAAGUUUAUAUUCCUCCAGAGUAUCCUUUCAUCGAUAGAAAGGUCAAGGAACCUCGCUUUCCUUGGGGAAACGAGCCACUUAUUGGAACCCCUUACGAUCGAGUUAGAAGAAGCGAGCAAGAUUAAGGUUGUUUCCUUGUUCUCGUGUUAUUCAUAGUAAAAAUAGUUUGAAGAAA